CGGUUUUCUAAAAGCGUACUUGGGAAUAACCUACUGUUCCUUUCUCUCUCUCCUCUCAGUUUCUCUCUCUGUAUUUAUAUAUCACUGUAGAUCACCGGAAAACCUCUUUUGUUAUCUGAAACCGCUCGUUCUCCGGCGAACAGCCUCGGGGAAGUUUUCGCACGCAGUGUCUCAGUUUCAUUGAUUUCGUUUUCGGUUUUGAUUCCGCGUGGAGUUUGGUGAGUCCUUUGGUGGAAUUGUUCUGAUCUCCGCGUUGGACUUUGCUUCAGAGAAUGUGGUGAUUUUGAAGGCGUUUUAGUGGUUGUUUUUGCCUUAGAUCGUGAUCUUGGGCUUGGUUUGUGUUGUUUCCAGUUUUGGUUCGUGGUGAUUUGGUGUUUUAGAUAGCGGUUCCGGUGAAGUGAGGGAAGACGGAGGCCUACCGAGAAGAACAUCGGAAUGAAAUGGUGGAAGGAAUGGUUUGUAUGUCCAGGGAGGCUAAAUUAGAAUUUUUGAAGCGUAGAAGGCUUCAGCGGAGGAACUUAGAAACUUUGGAUGAUACUGCAUGUGUCACCAACACGAUGAGUAGAAGUGGAGGAGAUGCUUUAAGAGCUUCUGCACCAUGUGGUACGAGAUUACACGGUAGUGUGGAUAUGCUUUCUCGAUCUGGUGGUGCUUCAAAUGGGAAGGAUGUUUUUUCAAAGCGCAAAGUUGCAAAGUUCGACACAACUGAUCUUGAGUGGACUGAUAAAAUUCCAGAAUGUCCUGUAUACUGUCCGACUAAAAAGGAGUUUGAGGAUCCUUUGGUCUAUCUCCAAAAGAUAGCUCCAGAAGCUUCAAGAUAUGGUAUAUGCAAGAUUGUUUCCCCUUUGAAUGCGUCUGUUCCUGCUGGUGUAGUAUUGAUGAAAGAAAAAGCUGGUUUUAAGUUUACAACUAGAGUACAACCCCUUCGUCUUGCUGAAUGGGAUAGUAAUGACAAGGUUACUUUCUUCAUGAGUGGAAGAAAUUAUACAUUUCGUGAUUUCGAGAAAAUGGCGAACAAGGUUUUUGCUCGUAGAUAUUAUAGUGCUGGAUGUCUUCCUGCUACAUAUUUGGAAAAAGAAUUUUGGCAUGAAAUAGCUUGUGGAAAGACAGAAAGUGUAGAAUAUGCAUGCGAUGUUGAUGGUAGUGCAUUUUCAUCUUCUCCCAGUGAUGAGCUUGGACAAAGCAAAUGGAAUCUGAAGAAACUUUCUCGGCUGCCUAAAUCCAUUUUGCGUCUUCUGAGAGCAUCAAUUCCGGGAGUUACUGAACCCAUGCUUUACAUUGGAAUGCUCUUUAGUAUGUUCGCUUGGCAUGUGGAGGAUCAUUACUUGUAUAGCAUAAAUUAUCAUCAUUGCGGAGCUGCGAAAACUUGGUAUGGCAUUCCUGGUCAUGCUGCCCUUGACUUUGAAAAGGUUGUCCGGGAGCAUGUGUAUACCCAUGAUAUUCUACCGACUGAUGGAGAGGAUGGAGCUUUUGAUGUGCUACUAGGGAAAACCACAUUGUUUCCUCCAAACAUUUUGCUAGAACAUGGUGUUUCAGUCUACAAGGCUGUUCAAAAUCCUGGGGAGUUCAUCAUAACAUUUCCUAGAGCAUAUCAUGCUGGUUUUAGUCAUGGUUUUAAUUGUGGGGAAGCUGUGAACUUUGCAGCCGGUGAUUGGUUUCCUAUAGGGUCAAUGGCUAGCCGUCGUUAUGCACUUCUUAAUAGGAUGCCUCUCCUUCCUCACGAGGAACUUCUCUGCAAGGAAGCGAUGCUUCUUCAUAGGAGUUUGGAACUUCAAGAUCUGGAUUAUUCGUCUGCAGAGUUAAUUUCUAACCGUAGCAUUAAAGUUUCUUUUGUAAAUUUGAUGCGAUUCCAGCACUGUGCCCGUUGGUGUCUAAUGAAAUCAAGAGCAUGCUUGGGUGUUUCUCCAAAUCCCAAUGGGACUAUUCUAUGUAGUCGAUGCAAUCGUGACUGUUAUAUAGCAUACCUAAACUGUGACUGCUACUUGCAUCCUGUAUGCCUUCGCCAUGAGAUUGAUUCCCUGGAUUUACCUUGUGGAGGCCAUUAUACUCUCUUCCUAAGGGAUGAUGUAUCUGAUAUGGAAGCUGCAGCCAAGAAGUUUGAGCAGGAGGAGGAUGUUUUACAUGAGGUUCAACAGCAUGGCAGAAGUGGUGGAGACAUGCUUUUGCUGUUAAACAUGUUCCCAAGAGUUGCAGAGGAUAGAUACACUCCUUACUGCAGGAUAAACUAUGAUCUAAACCUGGAAAUUGCCAAAACUGAGGAUAUGUUAGAACAAACUCAAUUUGGUUCUUCCAACCAGUCCAUGUUGUGCAGUGGCGCAGAAAAUCUUAGAACUGAAGUUUCAGAUGCUUCCCUGUCUUGUGCUUCUUCUGCAUCAAUUAUUUCUUAUGUUGAGCCAGCUCAAAGCUCAUCCACUGCCAACAAUGAGGUGCAGGGGCAUAUUAACUCUAGCUUAGAGAGUCUUGUAUCUACCAAGUCUUCCAAAGAAGUAUCUUGCCACGUCUAUGAAGCUUCACUAUUCUCUCCGAAUGAUGAAAGUGCCGGUGCCAAUAAAGCUAAGGAUCAUAGUUCAGAGGUUAGGCCUAUUGUGGAUCAAGAGAGUGACGACUCUGACUCAGAGAUCUUCAGGGUAAAACGUCGUCCGUCUGCAAAAGGGGAUCAGAGAGAUGCAAAUGAUGCCAUUUCUACAAGUUUUGAACAUCAGGGGCUUAAGCGACUAAAGAAACUUCAGCCUGAAGGAAGGUGUGGCCGACCGUCGUCAUCAGAGUGUUCCACAGCUGACAAUCUAACCCACAACUAUGGUCCAACUCACUCUACAGAAACUCCAGACCUUGCUUUGAAGGACAGGUUUGCCCAAGGAACCACCAUUCCCAACUCCAUUAAGGCCAAGAAAAUGGCUAAUGAGGAAGCAAUGAAUAGAGAACAUCACAGAGAUGGUAGGUUCCUGCAUGAGUUUGGUAAAACCAUGAGGGAACCACCUCCUAUAGAGAUUGGGCCAAAGCGCCUUAAAGUCAGAGGUCCUUCAAUUCUAGGGUUGGAGAGCCGGUUGGAUUGAAUAGAUCAAUGGAGGCUGAUGAGAAAUCUGGUUGGCCUGCCUCAGUAGCAUCUUCUAGAGCCUGACUUUGCUAACUUCAUUUUCUCUAAUGGAGUCCUAACUACACGAAAUACUGAACAUUCGAUUCUUGGAGCAGCGGGCAAGGAUUAACCAAGUUUAGAUGGACACGUUAUAAUUCUAUUUUGUGCAGGCCUCAGAGCUGGGGCAAUUUGCACGGUGAUCAUUGUAGGUAUUUUUCCAUCUCUGGCAGGAGAACCUCCCUCCUCCCUGGAUGCAGAAAGUAGAUGCAGAAAGUAGAUAUUGGGUUAGUGACUUCUAUGUACAUUUGUUUUUAACAGUUGAUCAUUAUUCUUGUGGGCAAGUGGGUAUUUCCACUUUGCCUCUCAUUUAAUGUUAAGUCCUGCUGCUUCCCUUUCUAGGGUUCUUUAUUCUUUUUGUAGCAAUGGGCUUCUGUACCGUGGACUACAUGAAUAAAAUUCAAAGAAAUUC